UUUUCAGCGAAACAUCAACCAGAACUCUCACGCGUACAAGCAGGCGUGUUGCCUCUUCUGCGGAGAUUCCAAGAUAGAAUUCGUUGAAUAUGGAGAAUAUACAUAAAAUAAACACUAUUCAAGAUGUGAAUAAUCUGGACCAGGCUCAAAAAGAUGAGCAUUUCCGCCACCUCUAUGACGAUCAACCAAACUUCAAGACGCUGGCCAGGCUCGAUCCAGAUUUUGCGAUACUAGAAAAGGAAAAAGAUCUUGAUUUUACAGACCCAAGAGUUGUAAUGCAGCUUACCAAGACAUUGCUCAAGCUAGAUUUUGGGCUGUAUCUUGACCUACCAUACAAUCGUCUAUGUCCAACAGUAAAAAAUCGCCAUAAUUACAUCCUAUGGCUCAAAGACCUCUUGGACAGCACAUCCGAAGCAGGUAUAGAUGCGAAACGCGUCGGAAUGGAUAUUGGCACAGGAGCCAGCUGCAUUUAUCCACUGCUUGGCUGUGUUCAGCGGCCCUGGUCAUUUCUUGCUGUUGAUAUUGACGAAGAGAGCUUGACAUGGGCCAGACGCAACAUUAUUCUCAACGACCUGGACAGCAGAAUAAGGCUUCUCAAAAGUUCCAACCAAGGCCCAAUAUUUCCCAUUGAAGAAGCAGGAAUCGACUACCUUGACUUCACAAUGACCAAUCCACCUUUCUACACUUCAGAAGAGGAGAUGGCUGAAAGUGCUGCGAAGAAGAACCUCCCGCCGCUCACCGCAUGCACAGGUGCCCCGGUGGAGAUGGUGACUACAGGUGGCGAAGUAGAAUUUGUCACCCGAAUGGUUACGCAGUCCUUGGAGACACGGACAAAGGUGCAAUGGUAUACUGCCAUGUUUGGCUUUCUGUCAUCUGUGUCCAAGAUUGUGGAUUUACUGCACGAACACAAGAUUGACAAUUUUGCCGUCACUGAAUUUGUUCAGGGCGUCAAAACACGACGAUGGGCCAUAGCAUGGAGCUUUCAUGACAACCGGCCAACACAGGCAGUAUGCAGAGGAAUCAAGGCGGAUGCGGUUCCAAAGAGUGUUCUCCCGUCAAGCACAGAGGCCACCGUUGUGCGCCUCACAGCCCUUACUGACAUUUCGGCCUUUGCAGAAGACUUCCAAACAGCAAUUUCAAAACUUGAUUUGGAGAUUUGGGAAUGGGAUAAAUAUAAAUUGGAAGGAAAGGGCCGGGCUAGAGACAAAGUAUGGGCUCGUGCCUGGAGACGUAAGCGGAAACGCGCAGCGUCUGGAGUCGCUGAAGAAGACGUGUCAUUAGAUGAUCGGCAGAAUGUGUUUGGAUUCAUGGUAUUAAUACAUGUUGAAAGUGAUGCGGCGAUAAUAAGCAGCAGAUGGACUCAGGGUCACGAUGCUGUUGCGUUUGAAAGCUUUCGCGGCUUCCUCAAAGCGACAGCUAAGGCUUGCGCAGCCAAAUUAGCUUCGAAAUAAUCAUCUGUAUAUGCGUCUAUAUGUAAAAUAUCUACCAAUUCCGACUUGUCUCUAAUCUAGUGGACCAGUCGCAUCUAAGUCUUUAGUCGUUUGCUGCAUACCCAGCGGCAACCAACCUAUCCUUAGCUGCCCAUACUUGGUCAGGGAUCUCUUGAGGGAUCUGGAACCCCCGUUCCGCAUAGUCUCGAAUUCGAAUCAAAUCACCUAACAUGACAUUGAUGACCAAGUCUUGCGGGUUUUCCUCGUUGGGGUAGUCGUCAAAUGAAAAUUGUGGUGAUGUGACGCUGAUCUUGGUAUCCUUCUCUGGCCACUGCUUCAUAAACGUUGCGUAGGUUCGUCGUUCCAUGUACGGCUUCUGCACCAGGAUAAAGGACUUGGGUAAUCCUUUGCCUCGAUUCACAAGCAGCUGAUGGGUGAGCGUCACGUUUUCGCCCGUAUUGGUGGAUCUGGUUUCGGUCAAGAUGGCUUCAUCAGGGACACCCAUCUCUUUGGCAAUGUUGGCAAACUUGGUGGCUUCUGCUUCAUUGAAGCGUUCGCGUGUCAAUCGACCCGAACCACCGGCAAAUAUCAGCAACGGUGCCAUGCCAUCCAGGUAGAGCUGGGCGCUGCGGACGGCCACACGAGUGUCCAGGCUGCAGAGACAGAAGAUGGCAUCGGCCGGGGCUGGCGGCAUGUUCAUGUGGUGAUAGUUGUAGACGAGCUCUGCAUCGGCGUGCAGCUCUGGGCUAAGCGGCUUUUCGGCCAUGGCUGUGGUACUCUCGCAGGUUCGGUGUGUGGUAGUGAAGCGAACAAGGUGAUUCUGUACGAAUGCGCGAAGUUCUGGUGGGGUAGCUUUACAGGCGAAGAUCGCGGGGUCGACGACUUUAUUGUUCAGCGCUUCUCAAGGGAUUGGUUAACAGCCUAAUGGUUCUGUAGAUAUCACGGGUGAUGAAUGCUUUUUAAUGUCUGGUGACAGAAUUUCUAAUUGAUGGGAGUUGGGCUGGAUCCGGA